GUUUUGUACUCUCUACUCUAGUGAUUGUUGGACUGAACAAGAUGGAGACAUCACUAAAUGAGAAUCAGGACAAAGACACAAUAUUUUGCAAAGAAAACCCUCUCUAUGGUGCAGACAUGAAUUUCUCCAGCUCAGGCCGCUAUGAUUUCCAGACAAACGAUGUAAAACCAAGAAAGUCAUCAGGAAGGGUGUGCAGUGUUACAGUGAUUGGAUUUCUGCUUCUGCUACUAGGACUACUACUCCUGACUUAUAAAGUCUUCACUCUAGAGGCAUGGAUUCAUUCAGAGCUGACAAAAAAGCAAAAUGAAGAAUCUGCUUUGAAACAAGAGAGCUCUCACUUAGAUCAGCACUGCUUGCACAACCUUUGUGGGGAUGAGAAAGGUCUGGAGUCUUUGAUGUCACAAAUGAACCUACUUAAUUCUAGUGCUCACCAGCUACAGUAUCAAGUGCACAGCAUCAGCCAGGAGAAAGCACUUCCUGGACCUCCAGGACCUCCUGGAUCACCAGGACUCAUGGGCUUGCAAGGUCCACCUGGUGCUAAAUGUUUAGAUGGACUCCCAGGAUUACAAGGACCUAAAGGAGACCCUGGAUCACCAGGUAAAGCAGGUGAACCUGGAGCCAUAGGUUCAAAGGGAGAGAAAGGAGACAGAGGCAUUACAGGACUAGUAGGUCGACCUGGGAUCUCAGGAUUCCCUGGUGUUCCUGGUAUUAAGGGUGAAAAAGGAAUUUCAGGACUACCAGGCAUACCUGGUUCUAAAGGUCAGCCAGGAGAACCGGGUAUUGCUGGGCCAUCGGGGAACAGCGGACCAACAGGACCUAAAGGAAUACCAGGCUUACCAGGUGUACCGGGUGUUAACGGUUCAACAGGAGCUCCUGGACCACAGGGCCCAGAUGGGCUGCAAGGGCCUCCUGGAGAGAGAGGUACACCCGGAGAGAAGGGAGAAAGGGGAGACAGCAUUCGAGGUAUUCCAGGUGCUCCAGGAGCAAAGGGAGACAGAGGAUUUCCUGGUAUACCUGGAGCUAAUGGGGUAAAAGGAAGUAAAGGAGACUCUGGCUCUCGAGGUUUAGCUGGACAAAAGGGUGAUACAGGUGCCAUGGGUCAAAAAGGACAAAAGGGAGAUCAAGGACUACAAGGUGCUAAAGGAAAUAAGGGAGAAACGGAAUCUAGUAGAAAUGUGCGCUUGAUCGGCACUCCUAAUUCAGGCAGAGUAGAGGUACUGUAUAACUCGGAGUGGGGCACGGUGUGUGAUGACAAUUUUGACAUUUUGGAUGCCAAAGUGUUGUGUAAAAUGUUGGGCUUCCAGCAAGCUACACGUGUUUUCACAGCAACACCAGGAACAGGUAAGAUCUUGCUGGAUGACUUGCAGUGUACAGGAACAGAGUCCACCAUAUUUGAUUGUGUACAUGGUGGCAUGGGAGUGAAUAAUUGCCAACACGCUGAGGACGCUGGAAUAACCUGUUCCUGAAAGGCUAGACCAAGCCCCCCACCACACACAUGCGCACACACAGUAUUGAAUAGUAAUUUAAUGAUAUGGUGAGUUACCAUUUCUCUAAGGUGUCUUUUUUUUUUUUUUUUUUGUCCAUAUUUGUGCAUUAGCCACAUCAUUAUUACUACAACAAUAAACACAUUGCUUUGGAAUUAUAUAUUCUUUUGUUUGUUUGUUUGUUUUUUUCUAUAUAUUCCACUUUUGUAACAGUGUCAUCCCAGAAAGUAUGUAACACAAAGUAACAUCAGUUAAAAAUGUAUUGUUUGGACUGGACUAAUAAUAAACUUUUCAUUUUACAUUAAAAUACUUUUGUUGCUGUGCAA